AUGGGUGCCUAUCUAUCUCGUCCAAAAUUGGAGAAGACAACCGAAAUCAUUGAAACAGCAAAACUUAGAUGCUACGCUUCUUGUAUGCAAGGAUGGAGACUAUCGAUGGAGGAUGCUCAUAAUUGCUCUCCUGACUUUGAUGAUAAUACGUCAUAUUUCGCCGUUUAUGAUGGACACGGAGGCGCCGAGGUGGCUUUAUAUUGUGCGGAAUACUUACCGACCAUCCUUAAAAAUUUACCGACAUAUAAGGAAGGCAAUAUCAGCUCUGCACUAUCGGAUGCUUUCUUGAAAAUUGAUGACAUUGUUAUAUCACCAGAUACCAAGAUAGAAUUGGAACGUUUAGCAGCCUCAACGCAGACUGACAAUCAAGGAAGUAAUGAAGAAGUUGAACCUAACGACGACGACGAAGUAGAUGAUGAUGUUGCUGUUAGUAGUGGGACAACAGCAGUUGUUGCUGUCAUUCACAAGGAUGAACUGAUUGUUGCGAAUGCUGGUGAUUCCCGUUGCAUAUUAUGCCGCAAUGGUGUUGCUCUACCAAUGUCACUUGAUCAUAAACCUACUGAUUCGCCGGAAAAGGAACGAAUUUUAGGAGCUGGAGGCAAAAUCAUUGACGGAAGAAUUAAUCAAGGGUUGAAUUUAUCACGUGCAAUAGGCGAUCAUAUGUACAAAGGUAAUCCGGAAAAAUCGUCAAUAGAGCAGAUGGUUAUUGCUAAGCCAGACAUCGUAUCGUUAAAGCUAGAGCCGUCCGAUGAAUUUGUUGUCCUUGCUUGCGACGGAAUUUGGGACUGCAUGUCGAACCAAGAAGUUGUAGAUUUUAUCAGGGUUCGUCUACCACUACGAAAAUCUGGAAAACAGCAAUCGAAAAUGUUAUUAGAUAAUUGCUUGGCGGGUGAAUGUAUUGGUGAUGGAACUGGUUGUGAUAAUAUGACCUGUAUCGUUGUU